AUGUUUGGCCAUCUGAAGUUGAGAAAGACCUUCAACAGAUCAUUGUUCACCACGGUGAUGUUGAUCGCGGUGUCUCAAUUCAACUUCGGCUUCGACCAACAGGGCUUCAACUCUACCCAAGCCAUGGACGCCUUUGAACGCCAGUUUGGGUGGUACAACCCUCAGAAGAAGGUACGCAUGUGCAUGUUUUCCAUGAGCGUAUGGUCUUGCAUCGCCACAACGGUCAUCAUGACGUCCAAGAGCCGAGAUCAGAUACUGGCAGCUCGCAUCCUGGCAUACAUCUACAUCGGAAUGGAGCUAGCCGUGGUACCCAUCUACCAAUCCGAGAUCACACCCCAGUGCGCCCGCGGGUUUGUCGUCGGGACAUACCAACUAAGUCUUGCAGUUGGGGGCUUGGUCGUCCAUGUUGUUGCGCGGGGAACGGGUGGUCUGAACUCGUCGGCCGCGUACCUGAUCCCAUAUGUGCUCUUCUAUCUAGUGCCGCUGAUAGUGAUAGCUGGCAUUUGGUUGGUCCCAGAGUCUCCCAGAUGGCUUGCUAUGCAAGGUCGAAACGAAGAAGCCCUCAUCGCCCUCACUCGCCUCCGCGAAGGCAAGUUUACCGAAGACGAGAUCGCCGCUGAAAUGGCCCACAUUCGCGCCGGGAUAGACAGAGAAGUCGAGAAGGGAAAAUUCAAGGACAUGUUCCAUGGAAAGCAAAUGACCAAGCGCACCAUGUCCGUCAUCGGCGUCAACUUCUUCAUGCAGGCAACAGGCUCCAUCUUCGCCAGCGUAUACGGCGCCAUCUUUGUCAAACAACUCGGCUUCAUCAACCCCUUCAACGUAACCAUCAUUAUAUCAAUCAUCAACAUCUUCAUGUGCCUGUGCGCAAUGGUCUUGCUGGACAAGAUGGGACGGAGGAAUGUCAUCUUCUUCGGCGGAUCGAUUCAGACGGCCGGUCUGUUCGCCAUGGGUGGUCUCGGACUCACCCAAAACCCAAGCGUUCCCGUCAAGUCUGCCAUCGUCGCCAUGAUGAUUGUCAUGACCACUGGCUUCACCCUGGGAUGGGCGCCCACUUCGCACGUCCUGUCUGCCGAGAUUCCGAGCAUGCGUCUUCGUGAUAUCACGUAUCGGACCGCCAGCGUUGUCAACAUUAUAAUGCAGUUCACCAUCGCGUUUACGCUGCCAUAUCUUCUGAACGCACCAUAUGCAAACCUGGGGUCAAAGGUCGGUCUGAUCUUCGGCAGUAUCGGUUUUCUGUCCCUGGUGUUUGACUUUUUGUGCGUCCCGGAGUGCAAGGGCCGAACGCUUGAGGAAAUUGAUACGCUGUUUGAAAUGGAAGUUCCUUUGCGAAAAUUUCAAAAGAUGGACUUGUCACGGAUGGAUGCACACGUCAGCAGUCAUAAGCAGGAUGUAGAAACAGGGUCAGAUGUUGUCGUGGCCCUCCAUGUGGGAGAAAAGUACUAG